ACCAAACCGCCGCUCGCGUCGGUCACGCCAGGCCUGACGCGAGCACAUCGCAAUCCUAGCCACCAAAACAAUGCCCGGCGGCAAGCGCCGCCGCGCACGCAACCCCACCGCCGGCGGGCCUCAGCGUAGCGCCGGCGCAGGUCGUCGUCGUCCCGUCCCCGAGCUCCCGUCUUUUGUCUCCCCCGCUUCUGUCGCCGCCGCCUUCUCCCCCGCCUCGGGCGGCCGCAGCCGCGGGCGGUGCGCCCGGCGUUGCGGCGCCUACUCCGAUGGCGAGUCCUCCCACGCCGUCCCCUUUAGCUAUCCUUCCCUCCGCUCCUGCUCCGCUUAUCCGGAGCGUGAUCAGGCGCAGGCACUGGAGGUGACCAUCGACACCGCACCCUGCGCCGACCCAGCCGCUUCCGUCCCGAUGUACUCGUACGGCCCCGCCGUGCUCGGUGAGACCGGGCUUGUGCUGAGUGCGGACGAGGAGGAGGCCUGUGAUAGAGGGCUGCAUCUCGGGUUAGGAUUCCGGGAUGGAGGACACGAUGAGAUGGAGCUCAAAUUGAAAGAGCUGACAGAGGAAGAUGUCUCCUUCAAGACGCCCAAGCGGAAGCAGGAGCAGAGGGCGAAGGCCAACCCAGGAUUUUUGUUGAUUGGGGGAGUCAGGAUUUACACGGAGGACAUCUCAUCAUCAGAAUCGGAUCGGAUGAGCAGCUCUGAUGUGGAUUUAGAGCCCAACUCAGGUGAUGGGGAGAGAUUUGAGAAUGAUGAUGGUGACAGUGACGAGGAAGAUAGGCAAGGCGAGGAGAGAGAUUCAAUAUCUGAUAGCGAGUCAUUAGGAUCGGAAUCAGAUGAAGAUUUGAGCACCGGGGAUUCUUCUUCAGUUGACAAUGAGGUUGUUGCUGAUUACAUGGAGGGUAUUGGUGGGAGUGACGAGCUGUUGAGCAGUAAGUGGAUCACUAGUAUGAAUUUGGGUGAUGCAGAUACUAUAGAGCAGAUGUAUACAAAUGACAAUGAUGGGUUUGUGAAGAAGGGGAAGGAAAAGCUUGAGGGUUAUGCACUAAUGACUGCAUCCGAGCAGUAUGGGAUGAAGAGGCGGAACUCCCUUGAGCAGCGGAAGGGAAAAGGAAUGGUUUGUGACAGGGAUUUGUCAAGCAUGCAAGUGAUGGACCAGGAAGAUAUGUUCAUGGUGAACAAUGUCUGGAUGCCAAACAGGUCAAGAAAGGGGAUGAAGACAGGAUCAUCAUCCUCUCAGCUCUCACAGUCGUGGCCUAAAGAUGAUAGGAAAAGCAAAAACUAUCAGAGCAGGCCAGGUGAAAAGAAGCAGCAUAGGAAGGAACUCAUUGCAAAGAAGCGUCAACAACGAGCUCUAAGCAGAGGAGUUGACUUAGGGCAAAUUAAUAGUAAAUUGAGGAAAAUGGUUGUGGAUCAGGUUGACAUGUUAUGUUUUCAUCCAAUGCACUCUCGAGACUGUUCUCAGGUACAACGCCUUGCAUCUAUUUAUCAAUUGAAGAGCGGGUGUCAAGGUUCUGGCAAGAAGAGAUUUGUAACUGUGACAUUGACUGGGCACUCUUCCUUGCCAUCUGCAGAUGGCCAAGUUCGACUUGAAAAGCUUUUGGGGACUGAAUCUGAGAACUCUGUCUCGAGCUCUAAAGGCCCAGCACGACUGAAGGGCCAUUCUGCUCCAGGAAAGUGUGUAAAACACUGGGAAUCCAGUGGAAAUAAAUCUACCAAGAAACAGGUCUCCUUCGCAGAGCGUCCAGUAUCUUUUGUCAAGUGUGGAACCAUUGUGGACUCCCUUACUGAGGCAAUAGCUGGCCCAAGUGGUGGUGAUACCUCGUGUGUUAAACCUGUUGAAAGUAACUCCACCCAUCUAGGCUCCUUUGAGGUGCACACCAAGGGCUUUGGUUCAAAGAUGAUGGCCAAAAUGGGAUUCAUCGAGGGCACUGGCCUUGGUAAAGAUGGCCAAGGUAUAGUGCAGCCGAUACAAGCCGUGCAUCGUCCCAAAUCUCUUGGACUAGGUGUAGAAUUUGACAGUGUGGCUGAGGCGAUCAAAGCAAGGGCAGAACCCAUCAAAUUAAUUUCAGAGCUGAGGCGGAAUGUGUGGGCACCAGAGACGAGUGGCGUUGGCUCCUUUGAGAAACACACCAAGGGUUUUGGCUCCAAAAUGAUGGUGAAUAUGGGGUUUGUCCCAGGGUCCGGACUGGGGAAGGAUGGCCAGGGCAUUGCCACCCCCUUGACCGGAGUAAGGCGACCGAAAUCACGGGGACUGGGAGCCGAGGACAAAUAUUAGCUUACACCAUUUUCGCAUUUGAUGUAUCUUUCUUGUCGUGUUCCUUGUUACAUGCGGAUUACAUAGUUUGCUGGGAGGGCGAACCUUUGAGCACCCUGAAUGGUGAAACAAUGGGUUUUCACUUGUUUCUUUCAACUUCUCAAUGAAGUUUUAUAUAUUUGUUCUAUCAAUGUUAUA